AUGUUGAUUCGAUUAUCACCCAAAGUUAGGAGAAAAUGGCAACAUAAUAAGUCCCUGAUUAUUCUCCUCAUUAUAACAUCCUUCCUAAUUGCUACAAAAUUCAUUCAUCAAAGCCUCCAAAAGCAACCUCGGCCUGAAAAUCCACCCUAUUCAGAUCAAGACUUCUAUUCUGAUACAGAUGGUCCGUUUUUCAGAGGCUGCACGGAUGUAAUAGAUUACUUGAACGAUCCAUCCUACGUUAAAAUGGACGCCACUUUCAUAAUGCUUACAAAGAAUGAAGAAUUAAAUGAUGUGUUGAAAACAAUUGAAAGCAUCGAGACACAUUUUAAUCAAUGGUUCAAAUACCCUUAUGUUUUUUUGAAUAACGUUCCUUUCACAGAAGAUUUUCAAUUUGCCAUAAUGAGCAUGACAGAUGCAGAUGUGCAAUUCGGUACCAUUGAUGAAAUAGACUGGGAAUUCCCCGAAGAAGUGCGAGAUUCGCCACUAUUUAAGAGUACUAUGGAUGAUCAAUCGGAUCGUGGUGUAAUGUAUGGGUCUAUGGAAUCUUAUCAUAAGAUGUGCAGAUUCUAUUCUGGAUUAUUUUAUAAACAUCCUUUAAUGAGGAAACAUAAAUGGUAUUGGAGACUAGAACCUGAUGUGGAAUUUUUUUGUGAUAUCACAUAUGACCCAUUUUUUGAGAUGGCCAAGAGUGGUAAAAAAUAUGGAUUUACUGUGUUGAUUCCAGAAAUGUAUUGGACAGUUCCUAACUUGUUUAGAUUUACAAAGAGUUUUGUCAAGGAUCUUAAUUUAAAGGUGGGUACACUAUGGCAAUUGUUCGUUCGAAACUAUCACAUUACAGAUACCCAUGAUGAUGAUGAAUUAUCCAGGUGGAGUAACAAUGCGGCUGAUCUAGAAUAUGAAAUUUCAGCAAAUAUCGCUAUUGAUUAUACGUUAAAUGAAGAUCCUAAUAACGAAGAAGGUAUUCAACAUUUAGUUGCUAAAGCAAAGUCAAAGAUUCCACUUGUCGAGGAUAAGUUUGACGAUCAAGAAUAUAACCUAUGUCAUUUUUGGAGCAAUUUUGAGAUUGCAAGAUUGGAUGUUUUUGAUAAUGAAAUUUAUAAUGCUUAUUUUCAGUAUUUGGAAGAAGCAGGUGGUUUUUGGGCAGAGCGUUGGGGUGAUGCACCAGUUCAUUCACUCGGAUUAGCAUUGACUCUGAACCUGGAAGAUAUUCACUAUUUCCGUGACGUUGGAUACAGACAUUCCAUAUUACAUCAUUGUCCAAGGAAUUUUGAACUUCUAGACGUUACGGAACCGGAAUAUAGGGCAAUGCAGCCAAAAUAUGAACGUAAGGGGAUGAAAUAUGACAAAGGGUUCAGUGAUGGGAUAGGUUGUCGAUGUGAUUGUCCAAAGAAUAAGAUUGAUGUGGAAGAUACUUCUUAUCCCUGCAUGGAUGUCUGGCUAGAAUUGCUGUAUAAUGAAGAUAACUCGAAGAAUUUCAGGGAUGGUGAAUUUGUUCCACAUUUUGAUUCAAAGGAAAUGAGAGAAGGUAUAGAAAAGGACUUUAGGGAGAGACAAGCUCAAUAA